AUGGCGCGAAAUCAAUCACUAGGAACAAAGUAUGACUGUUUUGAAUUACAGGUGUACUUAGAUAAAAUGUCGACAGAUUGUUCUACUGAUAUUUCAAACACUGCAUGUGUCACCACAGAUAUGUCAAUACAAGAUCUGAAGGAUUCCGAAAAGCUUGGAAUGUCAAUUGCAGAAUCUAAUGAAACCUGUAUCGUCAGUGAUAUAUCUGAUCAUGAUAUAAAUAGGAAAAAUUCGUCGUCAUAUAACACUGCAUGCGCAAGUGACGACAUAAAUGACGUCAUAAACUCAAUGACAGAGAAAGAAAAAGAUAAAAAAGAUAUUCCAAAGUCAGCACAAAUCAAAAGAAAGGGGAAAGUUCUUUUGAAGAAAUUUCUGAUAUUCCUAUUUUCUCACGUAGGUUUGACAUGCUUGGUCAUAGGAUAUUCAAUAUUUGGUGCCAUCAUUUUUCAAAGUUUGGAGCAAGGAAAUGAAAAACAAAGUAGAAUUAUUACUACAAACCUCAGAAAGGAGACAUUAAAUGAUCUUUGGAAUACGACUUAUCUUCUUAAUAUUUUCGAGAAGCCAAAUUGGACGGAAAGGGUGGAAAAUACUUUACGCCUUUUUGAAAAGCAAAUCUACAAAGCUACAAUGCAACUAGGAUGGGAUGGCAGGUCAGACGAGGCCGUGGGUGAGCUGCAAUGGUCCUUUACUGGUUCCUUGUUUUAUUCAGUCUCUGUUAUUACAACAAUAGGUUAUGGCCACAUUACACCUAAAACUACAUGGGGACGAAUUGUCACAAUGAUAUAUGCAUUCUUUGGAAUACCACUUACAUUGUUGUGUCUUGCAAAUAUUGGAUCCCUUCUGGGGAAAGGAUUUCAGAUCUUUUACAAUAGGAUACCAGUUGUUAGAAAUAAACGAGAUUUUGGUAUUGGGAAUGCUUUACCACUUCCAGCAACAACUAUCCAGCAUAAAAAGGUCAUAGGAGAAGACGGGACUAUAACCGAAGAAAAAAAUCUAAUAGUUUACAUUCCAUCUCGUUCUCUGCCGCCGCCACAGCACGUGCCAAUAAUUGUUUGCAGUGUACUUGUUAUAACGUAUACACUGAUAGGAACAUUUCUUUUUCAUUUAUGGGAAACCAGUUGGGGCAUACUACAGUCUGCUUACUUUUGUUUCAUCACCUUAUCAACAAUUGGAUUCGGUGAUGUUGUACCAGGACAUAGUUUAGACUCGUGGCAAAGUCAACCAAAACAGUUUAUCGGUGUGAUUUAUCUGCUAUUUGGAUUAACACUAUUAGCUAUGUGUUUUGAUCUUUUGCAAGAACAGGUGAGAACCUUUGCUAGAUGGUUUGGAGAAUGGCUUGGCAUUGUUGAAGUUGAGGACGACGAAGAGGACGACGAAGAUACAGAACACAAUUUAAAUUAGAUA